GUCCGCCCACCACUCCCCCGCCCUGUGCGUCAUGGUUCGGGCCGCGCAUAAAAGGCACAGAGGCCGAGUGCACUAGGUACUGAGAACGCGUGUUCGCGCGUCUGCGGUCCGUGCGUCCCGCUCGUACCCACGCAGCUUUCAGUCAUGACCUCUGGCAAAGCGCACGUCGGAAAGCCCGCCCCGGACUUCCACGCCACCGCCGUGGUGGAUGGCGCCUUCAAGGAGGUGAAGCUUUCCGAUUACACAGGGAAAUACUUGGUCCUCUUUUUCUACCCGCUGGACUUCACCUUUGUCUGCCCCACGGAGAUCAUCGCUUUCAGCGAGCGUGCUGAGGACUUCCGCAAGCUGGGCUGUGAGGUGCUGGGGGUCUCUGUCGACUCUCAGUUCACCCACCUGGCUUGGAUCAACACUCCCAGGAAGGAAGGGGGCUUGGGUCCCCUGAACAUCCCCCUGCUGGCUGAUGUAACCAGAAGUUUGUCUGAAGAUUAUGGAGUCCUGAAGGAAGAUGAGGGCAUUGCCUACAGGGGCCUCUUUAUCAUCGAUGGCAAGGGUGUCCUUCGCCAGAUCACUGUCAAUGAUUUGCCUGUGGGGCGCUCGGUGGACGAAGCUCUGAGGCUGGUCCAGGCCUUCCAGUACACGGACGAGCAUGGCGAAGUCUGUCCCGCUGGCUGGAAGCCAGGCAGCGACACGAUUAAACCCAACGUGGACGACAGCAAGGAAUACUUCUCCAAACACAACUAGACUGGCAGAGAGGUGGAAAGCUUGAGCUGUUGGCCCCCACCUACGCCCCUACCUGGAUACCCAUGUUGACCCAGGAAAGGCCAGACCUGCCCCUUUAAACUUCGUAGUCCCUGAGCCUGGAGGGCUUGGCCAAGGCCUUCUCAUUCUCCCAGCUGGGAGCUGGUGAAUGGUGAGUCCCUUCCUGGAGCCCAUCUAGCUGGGCACAGGCCUAGAAGUGACCAAUAAAGUAUUAGGACAGACA